GUCUACCAAAUGAUCUUUCUCUUUUAGUUAAGCUGUCUCAAAAACGUUCAAUAUCGAAAACCCUCUUGAAAAAAUAGCUUCUCAGGAAAUUUUAGCAGAGGGAAAGUAAACUGGAUAAGAAAGGCAAAGAGAGACAGACAGAGAGAUAGGUGGUUUUCUUCUUUCUUCUUUAGAAUUUGUUGUUUCUAAUUUUCUAUCUAUGGCUUAUUAGGUAAAUGAUCUACAGCUAAUACAGAAAGACCAGAAGGAAAGAGAGAGAGCUGACUCAUUUUGUGGUGUAGAUUCGUCAAAAGGAUCGUGUGGAAUCUGAAAGUCUUAAUUUUUCACUAAAAAUAGGAUAGUUUAAAGGACAAGGAGACAAAUAAUGGGGAAACACAAAUCUUUCAGAAGCAAAGCAGUGCACUUCGUAACCGAUCUCACCGCCGGUCUUCUUAAUCCGAUCUCUGAUAAACCCUCCUCCGCUCGUCCUCUUCCGGAUGAGGAAGAUGAGUCAAAGAGAAAUCAACUAGAGUCUAUCACUGAAGAGCAGCCUAAGGAUUUGGUAGACGAACCAGACACUUCUUCUUUCUCUGCAUUCCUUGGUUCAUUGUUAUCCUCAGAUCCCAAAGACAAGAAAACAGAUCAGGAUAAGGACGAUAAAGAAGAAGAAGAAGAAGAAGAAGAAGAAGAAGAAGAAGAAGAAGAAGAAGAAGAAGAAGAUUCAGAGGCAGAAACAAGCGAUACGUCAUCAUCUUCGGUGAAUUCUAGAACAAUGAAGGAGACUACUACUAGUAGUGGUGCAAAGAAGAGCUUGUUGUCCAAGUAUAAACAGCAUUUGAGGAACUUUUAUCAGGCUGUUAAGUUUCCCGGGGUUAAGGAGCGGAAGGGAAACUCUGACGUGAAACCAGAUGAUGAAGAGACAGAAUAUGAUGGCUUGGAGAUGAAGCCGGUGCAGAAUAAUAAUGCUAAAGAGGAAGCAACAAUAGUACAAGCAAUUAUACCUGAAAUUUCGGAGCCCUCUUUACUUUUAUCGGACCAGUCAAGACGUUCCCUUUAUACUUCACUUCCUGCGCUAGUUCAAGGGAGGAAAUGGAUAUUGCUUUAUAGUACAUGGAGGCACGGUAUAUCACUGUCAACGCUGUACAGGAAAAGCCUCCUCUGGCCUGGUCUCAGUUUACUGGUUGUUGGAGACAGAAAAGGUUCGGUUUUUGGUGGGCUUGUGGAGGCACCUUUGAUACCAACUGAUAAAAAGUAUCAGGGAACCAACAGUACAUUUGUUUUUACGAAUAAGUCUGGACAACCUGCAAUAUACCGUCCCACGGGCGCAAAUCGGUUCUACACUUUAUGCUCCAAGGACUUUCUAGCUCUAGGCGGUGGUGGACAUUUUGCUCUCUAUCUAGACAGUGAGCUGCUAAGCGGAUCAAGUGCUUACUCAGAGACAUAUGGGAACUCUUGUCUCGCAAACUCUCAGGACUUUGAUGUUAAGGAAGUAGAGCUAUGGGGAUUUGUGUAUGGCUCAAAGUAUGAUGAGAUUCUAGCUCUCAGCAAAACAAUGGAGCCUGGUAUUUGCAGAUGGUGAUAAUCACGAUGAAAAAUUUAUGAAAUGAAUAUAAAAAAAGUGAGGCUCUCUUUUGUAAAUGUGUAGUAUAAUGAUGUAAUGUUGUUUUCUGAUCUUGUAAGCGGCUAAGUCACAUCUCAAAUACUCCUCACUUUGUAACUCGGAAAUCUUGUAAUGAUUUUGGACUGAAAUUCAAAAUAAAGAAUUCUCAA